AUGAGUAAUCCAUAUCUGUCUUAUACGACUGAACAAACGUGCGCUGACCUUGAAACCGACGUGCAUAACGGUCUUUCUAAUAUUCAGGAUAUUGCAAAACGGCAUACGGUUUAUGGGGAUAAUGACUUAGCGGUUGAUGAUGAUGAAUCUAUAGUCGUGCAAUUCCUUAAACAGUUCAUCCAGGAUCCUCUUAUACUUCUGUUAUUUGCAAGCGCUGCAAUAUCUAUAUUAUUAGGAAAUAUUGACGAUGCGUUUAGUAUUGCCUUGGCUAUUUUUAUUGUGGUGACAGUUGGAUUUGUUCAAGAAUACCGUUCAGAAAAAUCAUUGGAAGCUCUCAAUAAUCUUGUACCUCAUUACUGCAAUGUCAUUCGGUCUGGUGUCACUCAACAUGUAGUUGCUACGAAAUUAGUGCCAGGUGAUUUGAUUUCUUUACAAAUCGGUGACCGCGUACCCGCAGAUCUUCGCAUUGUUGAUGCCGUCGAAUUCGAAGUUGAUGAGUCCAAUUUAACAGGAGAAACCAACCCCAGAAAGAAAAUUACUGAACCCUUAGUGUCCAAUUUGCCUUUGGGUGAACGAAGCAAUAUGGCAUUCAUGGGCACUCUUGUUCGCCAUGGCCAUGGCCGCGGUAUCGUAGUCGCUACUGGAGCCGAUACCGAGUUUGGACGUGUUUUUUUGACCAUGCGUGAAACUGAAAAACCAAAAACUCCUCUUCAAAACAGUAUGGAUCAUUUAGGAAAGCAACUGUCUGCUAUAUCUAUUGCCGGAAUUGCGAUCAUCGUUUUAGUCGGAUUUUUCCAAGGAAAAAAUUGGCUAGAAAUGCUUACUAUUGGGGUUAGUCUGGCUGUCGCUGCAAUUCCAGAAGGGCUUCCUAUUAUCGUUACCGUUACUCUUGCAUUAGGAGUUUUACGAAUGUCGAAGAAGAGAGCCAUCGUUAGACGCUUACCAAGUGUAGAGACACUUGGGAGUGUAAAUGUCAUUUGUUCAGAUAAAACGGGAACUCUCACGAUGAACCACAUGACAGUAACAAAAAUGUACACCCCUGGCAUGACUACGCCUUGUAUUAUACCCGACGGCGAUCAUCUUGAUUUUUCCAUUGAGAAAACUGUCGGUAUGAACAAGCUUCUGUUAUCUUCGGCUUUGUGUAAUAACAGCAAACGACAUGUAAAUAAAUCUGAUGCGAUCCUCGAUACGACCAACCCAUGGGCUGGUUUUCCAGUUGACGUUGCCUUAACUGAAUGCUGCGAACGCUUUGGUUUGAAUGAUCCAAGAGGUUCAUAUCCUCGCCUAUCAGAAAUGCCAUUCAACAGUGAGCGCAAAUAUAUGUCUGUAAUCGCCCAUUAUAACUCUACCAAAACUACUUUUAUGAAGGGAGCUAUGGACCAGGUUCUUAAAAGCUGUGCUUACUACACGGAUAGUGCUGGAACCCAACAUGAGCUCACACCCUAUAUGCGUGAUGAAAUCCGCAAGCAUGAAAUGGACAUGGCUAAAACGGGAUUACGGAUUAUCGCUGCAGCCAGCGGUAUUCUCCCCAAUAAACUGGUGUUUCAUGGUCUGUUUGGUAUUAAUGAUCCCCCAAGGCCGUACGUUCGUGAGAGUAUCCAACAAUUAAUGACUGGUGGUGUUCGUAUAAUAAUGAUUACUGGAGAUAGUAUUGUUACCGCUGUCAGUGUUGCUAGGGCAUUAGGUAUGGCUAUACCAAGCAGUGAUCAAGAUGCGAUUCAAAACUAUGCCAUAACCGGUGAUCAGUUGGACGAGCUAGACGAUUCGUCAUUGCGAGAUGUUGUAUCUCGCGCAGUAGUUUUUGCUCGAACGACGCCAAACCACAAAAUGAAGAUUGUUAAGGCACUUCAAUCAUUAGACGAUGUAGUCGCGAUGACUGGUGAUGGUGUUAAUGAUGCACCAGCUCUAAAAUUGGCGGAUAUUGGCAUCGCUAUGGGCCGUCAAGGUACCGAUGUUGCUAAAGAAGCUGCUGACAUGAUUCUUACCGAUGAUUCGUUUGCAACUAUUUUACACGCAGUGGAAGAAGGAAAAGGUAUUUUUAACAACAUUCGUAAUUUUAUCACUUUCCAACUUUCAACAAGUGUUGCAGCAUUGUCGUUGAUUGCAAUCUCUUCCCUGUUUGGUCUACAAAAUCCGUUGAAUGCUAUGCAAAUAUUAUGGAUUAAUAUUUUGAUGGAUGGACCACCAGCUCAAAGUCUUGGCGUUGAAACUGUUGACGACGACGUGAUGAUGAAGCCUCCUCGUCCCAGAAACGCUCCAAUAUUAACCGUACAGUUGUUGAAGCGGGUUCUUUUGAGUGCUUUUAUUAUUGUUUUCGUAACUACCUUAGUUUUCAAGGUGGAAAUGAAAGAUGGCCAAGUCACUGCUCGUGAUACGACUAUGACUUUUACCUGCUUUGUUCUUUUUGAUAUGUUUAAUGCAUUAUCUUGUCGUUCUGAAACAAAAUCCGUGUUUAAAUUGGGAAUUUUUUCCAAUCGAAUGUUUAAUAUUGCCGUCGGGGGAUCAUUACUUGGUCAAACUCUUGUCAUCUAUGUGCCUCUUUUCCAAAAAAUUUUUCAAACAGAAGCUUUGGGAUUUAAGGAUAUCGUUACGUUAUUAAUUUACACUAGCUCUGUUUUAUGGGUUGACGAAAUUCGAAAAUGGUAUCUUCACCGAAAAGGCCUUGUUCGAACCAAGAGUACUUAUAUAUUAGGAAACGUUUAA